ACCCACAGCAACCGCCACUCGCGCCGUCCCCAUUGAAUUGCUUGUUCGUACGGACAAAAAUACGCAACAGAGGGCCCUUGAGCGGCGUUCCAUGCCAACUGCUUGUGCUGGAGUCCCCGCAGCACAAUAUCCUGCUGAAGUGGCCAGCGGAUGGGCUGCCGUCAACGUCAAGGGCGGCAUGCUCUCAGCUCGCAGGUUAAUCUUGGACACGGCUGGCAACUUUCUUGUCGCUGAGAGCGGCAAAAGCAUCACGGCUCAUAUCUUAGAUGCCUCGAGAUGCAUUGCGUCCAGCAAAACACUUAUUAAACAGAACAACCUCAGCCGCGGGAUUUAUUUGACCGGCACGACUUUGUACGCCAGCUCGAUGUCAACCGUAUGGAAAUGGACUUACGACCCCCAAGCGAUAGCUGUGGGAGUGACCAAGACAGUCGUCGUUACUGGUAUGUACAAUGGUGAUCAUCUUACGCGAAGUCUCAUCAUAUCACUGAAUCAUCCAAAUCUGUUGAUUGUGUCUCAUGGCUCAAACGACAACUUUGACUUUACCUCUGGGAAUAUCAACAUCGCCCGGUCCAAUAUCAAGGUAUUCGACAUGAACGCUGUCCCAACCGGUGGCCAUGAUUAUGUAACAGGUGGAAACACUCUGGCAUACGGACUUCGGAAUGAGGUUGGACUCACUUUCGACCCAAACAAUAUGUUAUGGGGAGUAGAAAACAGCUCUGACGAUAUCAAACGUACGAUAAAUGGCAUAGAUAAUGACGUCCACAUAGAUAACCCAGCGGAUGCUCUUCACUACUUCGGAGAUAUUACAGCGCCAAAUGCAAUUCGGUACGGGUAUCCCGACUUGCUACACGGUUUGAAAUCCAAGCCCUUUCACAGACAAGACAUUUUCUGUCGGUGAUCAAAUUGUACUCGCACCCGACGACAUGUACACCGGUGCAAACUGUACAAAAUCGACACCGGCAUGAUUGUCGUUCCAUGCCUACAGCGCGCCUCUGGACUGCAAAUUCGACUCCGCAUACAAGAGCAUGUGUGUUACUUUCCACGGCUCUUACGACCGGCCCCCGUCAACGGGAUCAAGUUGGUUCAAAUACCAUUCACGAAGACCAGCACUGGAAAUUAUGAACUUGUAGCUCCCGCAGACAGCGUGAACGCAUACACAGAU